AUCCCGAUCCAUAGUUGACCGAGACUUUGACAAUAAGAAUCCCUUCCAACUUCACUUUCUCGAAUUUCUUCUUCCAUCACCUGACAAGUCAACAGAUUCAAUCAAAACCCUACAAACACAAUCCUAAUCCAUCUAUAAAUCCACUGAAUUUUCCAUGAAACCAAAACAUGAGCAAUUCUCAAGGCUAGACAAAGAUGAAGGAAACCCUUCUUUCCCUCCUCUGUCUCCUGGCCUUCAUCGUCCUUGACCUCCCCGACCCAGCACGGGCCCAACCCAACACGACCGGCAACACUUGCGACGUGAACCAGACUGCUUACCCAUGCCAGACAUACGCCUUCUACCGGGCAGCGGCCCCGGACCGGCUGGACCUGGCCUCGAUCGGGGACCUCUUCGAGGUGAGCCGGCUCAUGAUAGCCGAGCCGAGCAACAUCUCCUUCCCGAACGCCUCUCUGGUCCCGAACCAGCCCCUCUUCGUUCCACUCACGUGCUCCUGCAAUCCGCCCCCAGCCAACAACACUUACAACAUCACUAGCAUCUCCUACGCCAACAUCUCCUACACCAUCGAGUCGGGCGACACGUUCUACGACGUCUCGACCAGGCGCUUCGAGAACCUCACGACGUUCCAGUCGGUCGAGGCUGUGAACCCGACCCUCGUCCCGACCAACCUCACCAUCGGCGUCGACGCGAUCUUCCCAAUCUUCUGCAAGUGCCCGGACGCGAACACGUCCAGUAUCCGGCCCAACUACCUCGUCUCGUACGUGCUCCAGCCCUCAGACAACAUAUCCACCGUGGCGUCCCUAUUCAACGUCUCCUCGCAGUCGAUAACGGACCUCAACGGGAACAACCCCCAGCCAUUCGACACCAUCUUCGUGCCCGUCUCCCAGCUCCCGAACGUCACCCAGCCCACAACGUUUCCCGCCCCGCCCAGCCAGAAAACAGAGAGGAAAGGGGUCAUAAUCGGACUCUCGAUCGGGGUGGGGGUCCUUGGGAUCCUGCUGAUUCUGUUGAUCGGGCUGUGGUUCUGCUGCGGAUAUCGGGUUUCCGAGAAGAAGGAUUACGAGGGAGACAAGGAGGAGAUCAGGAAGGAUAAGUGGCAGCAGGGGAAGGGAGAGGCGGAGGUGAGUUUAAUGGCGGAUGUGUCGGACUGCUUGGACAAGUACAGAGUGUUCAAGAUGGAGGAGCUGAGGGAGGCCACCGAAGGGUUCAGCCCGCGGUACUUGAUUCAGGGCUCGGUCUACCGAGGCGUCGUCGAUGGCGAGGUCUUCGCGAUCAAGAAGAUGACCUGGAACGCCAGCGAGGAGCUCAAAAUCUUGCAGAAGGUGAAUCAUGGCAAUCUGGUGAGGUUAGAGGGAUUUUGCAUCGACCCGGAAGACGCAAAUUGCUAUCUCAUUUACGAGUUCGUGGAGAAUGGAUCUCUCCACUCAUGGCUUCACGAGAACAAGGGCGAGAAACUCAACUGGAAGAUGCGUCUCCGCAUUGGUAUCGACGUGGCCAACGGGCUCCAGUACAUUCAUGAGCACACGAGGCCACAGGUCGUGCACAAGGACAUAAAGAGCAGCAACAUCCUCCUGGACUCCAGUAUGAGGGCCAAGAUCGCCAAUUUCGGGCUUGCCAAAUCGGGCUGCAAUGCAAUCACAAUGCACAUUGUGGGCACCCAAGGAUACAUCGCCCCGGAAUAUCUCUCGGAUGGGGUCGUGUCCACCAGAAUGGAUGUGUUCUCCUUCGGGGUGGUCCUGCUGGAGCUCAUAUCAGGGAAGGAGGCGAUCGACGAGGAUGGCAGAGUGAUGUGGGCGAGUGCAGUAGAGAAGUUUGAAGGAGUGAGAGAGGACCAGAAGCUGAGGAAGGUGAGGGAUUGGGUGGACAAGACUUUGGUUGCAGAUACGAUCUCGGCGGAGAGCGUGGUGAGCGUGUUGAACGUCGCCAUUGGCUGCUUGAACAAGGAUCCUUCCAAGAGGCCGAGCAUGGUGGAUAUCGUGUAUGCCCUGUCCAAGAGCGAUGAUGUUUUCUGCGAUACCUCCGAGGACGGAUUGUCCCCUCAGCCCUUGUCAGCAAGGUAGAUGGCGAACUACCAUUUCCAGAUUUCUUUGAGGCUAGAUAGCUCUUCGUGUGCACUAUCUGUACAUGUCGAAUAAGGUCCUUUAUAGGCAUCAGGACAUUCCCAAAGUUUUAAAGAAAGUAUAACGCUAUCGAAAAAUACGUUCAAGAAUCUACUAUGAGGGAAACCCAUACGAUUGUACGAGUAGAAGAGUUUUGAGUGAAUAAAUUUCCUGUUAAUUUUCCGUUCUCGAUUUUGUACAGUGCUUCUUCACGUAAGAUUUUGUGCUUAUAACUUGAAUGCAACUCUUAUUUAA